AUGUCAGAUUACCCACCUUUUCCUCAUGAUGAUAGCUUUCCGGUUCAGGAGCUCCUUGUUGUAGAUUACAAACUGUUGAAAGAGGGCGACGAGGAGCAGGCGAACAUAUUAUGGGAAGCUGCCACGAAAUUCGGUUUUUGGUACUUGAAGAACCAUGAGGCCGAUGACUUUGUUGAGCCCAUGUUCAAGAUGGGUCGGGAAACCCUUGCGCUUCCCUUUGAGGAAAAAAUGAAGUACUGGCAGGGUAACAAAGGCGGCUCGUGUGGGUACAAAGCAGCAGGGGCUACAUACGUAGACGCAGAUGGAUCAACGGACAUUUCAGAGUUUAUCAACGUCUCGAAGGACGACGCCAUGGCGUACCCAAGCAUCGCUCAACGCGUCUAUCCACCCACAGUGAAUGAGUUUAUGACGGGUACUAUCCGACCAUUCAUACAAACCUGCGUGGCAGAGAACCGCGUUCUUCUAGAUGUGUUUAACGAUAAAUUGGGCCUUCCGAAGGGUACCUUAGCUGAUUUGCAUGACCACACCAAACGCUGUCUCUCGGAAAGUAGAUGUAUAAAAGUUCCUGCCGCUCCGAAGGACACAAAAAUAGCACUUGGUCGGCACACAGAUGUGGGAAGCAUUUCUUAUCUUACGAAUCGAUUAGGUGGCUUGCAGGUUCAGCUCCCAGGUAACGGUGGUGAAUGGAAAUACGUCAAGCCAAUUGAAGGAUAUUUUAUCUGUAAUAUUGGAGACUCCCUCCAUAUCCUGAGUGGCGGAAUUUUGAAAUCUUGCACCCACCGCGUUCUGCCUCCUCCAGGUGCGCAAGCGGGCUAUGAGCGGUGGUCUCUUGUGUACUUUGCAAGACCAGCAAACGAUGUUAAGCUCGAGGCGUUAGCUAGCCAGAGCUCCCUCAUUGCCAAUGCCACGCAGAAUGCUGAUGAGGCCUUAUUUUUUUCUGGAUUAACGGCAGCUCAGUGGUUUGUGAGAAGGCAAACCAGAAAUAGAACAGAUCAGGGCAAGGAUUUCGAAACUAUACUCGCUGCAGGUCCCAAGAAAAUAAUCAGCGCUGUCUAG